UAGUCGGCCGCCCUCGGAUACCUGCAGAAGACAUGGUUGAAACCGCCCCAUAGAGGGCAGAGGACGGUCUAAUGGAUUGUAGCCCUGGCCUUUGCUUUCGGAUAAAGAUAGCUCGUCGUGUGGGCGAGCAAACCAGCGUUGUGUUGGAAACCAAAAGUGGAUCGUCCAGAGAAGCAUCCAUGGAACCGCUAAGCGAGCUGUGAGGCUUUGGAUAAGAUCAGAUUACGCGCACCCCACCUUGGCCAUUGUUCGACGCAUUAGGUGGGUCAGUUUCCAGCCGAUUAUAAGUAGGACGAGUCCUGCGUCGACAGCACCUUUUUCUGCUUGCGCAGAUCCUCUUCCUUCAACUCAUAAACGAAAGACCGUGCUUUGAUAGCUCGACGACUUGUAUUGAGGAAUCAUGUCCACCCCUGCGCAUCAGAACAUCGCUAGCGCCCCGGUGGCGCCUAUUGCGAACACAACAAAAACCGUCACUGCGCGUGCAGGAGCUGCCGCUCGCCGGCCGAGGAAGCCCAAGGCCACAGCAGCGACGUCGCAACCCCCUUCAGCUGGAUCUGUAAAAACACCCACCGCACACUCAUUUGCUAUUCCCAGCCAACCCUCCCUUCCUUCGGGCCAAUUCACCUUCCGAAUUGAAACACCUCACAUCCCAAAACGCCGAGCUCGCGCCCCUGCAGCGCCAGCCCAAGCGGCCUCGGCUUCGAACUCUGUCGCCCCCGCUGCCUCCUCCGCAAGUGUCACCCCGCAUCAGCCGAUCGAAAUCACGCCCGAGAUGGUGCGAAAGAUGUACUCGUUCCAAGCUCAGUAUGCGCAGUGGCAUCGCGCGACGCAGGUCCAGAUGCAGGAGCAGGCCGCGCGCGAGAAAGCAGAGCAGGAGCGCCGUCUGCGCGAGCACGAGGAAGCAGAGCAGGAGCGCCGUCUGCGUGAGCACGAGGAAGCAGAGCGGCAGUGGGAACAGGACAAGAUCGCGGCUUGGCCACAGCUGGCGCCCGGCCAGCCUCGAGCCGUGACGCAGUUUGGCUCGUCGCUGAUCGGAUGGAACAGAACUCCGCCCGCCACGCCGUCGGCCACUCAAACUGGGGUCAAUCAGCAGCAGAAGGCGGCUCAACAAACCCACCUCGUUGAGAUCCCGUCCGCUGUCACUCAACCAGUCACGCCGACACAUGCUGUGUUCGGAAACAUCAUCAACAGUCCGUCCCCCAGAAGUGCCGGAAGUCGCCGAGCAAAACCCACACCCAGUCCCCAGAAGCUCGUCGACGGGGGAGUUUGGGACCCGGCUCUGACUGACAUGAUGGAAGAUGUCUCCGCGAACCCGGAGGAAGACAUGCCCGAGUCUAUCUUGGGCCCGCAGGACGAGAACGACGACCACUCACAGUCGAGUCUGCCCAGAUUGAAUCUCCCGGUGGAAAACUACGACGGCACUUCCGGCUGGGACGCAGAUGCCCAGGCGAUGCCCAGCGCGUCGACGGCAGUGCCUGGCCUGAGUUUGGACUGGGGCAUGUUCCCGGAGCUGACUGACGCCGACAUCGAUUACUCCGCCCUACACUCUUUUAUCAAUUCCUAAUUGCACACCUGUCUUUUACCACUCACACAUACUCUCGUUUUGUAGCCCUGUUCAUGUAGCCUGUAGUCAGUAGGUCAGUAGCAUGUAGUCCUUAAUAUCAGUUGCGAUAUGA